AUGCCCUCGUUCUUGACCCAAGACAACCCGACAGUCUUUUCCAACGGCUCCGUAAUCAAGCUCAGCGACCACUUCGGUGCAAAGGACCAGGCGAAUGAGGCUUCCAUAACCGACGCCCGGUCCUACGCCGUCCAUGAGCGCUUCGACGAGAGCUCGACACUGUCCACCCGCGACUCGGACGUUUCGGACUCGCCCGUGCCCUUGAGCGACCUCGACCGGUGGAGAGACGACGCCAGCGGCAACGAGACACGUCCUACCAGCAUGAGCUCUCUCUCCAACGGCAAGAGUCUGCCUGGCGGUUACGGCGUGCAAGGCUUUGGGCAAGAUUUGGACGUGCAAGACGUUGACCAUCGCCUGUCCAAUGGCACCGCCUUUUCUCUCCCUCAUCGCUCCGUGCCACAGACCAGCAAUGGGCUCGAAUUCUCGCAUGCAGCUGCAGAUGCGGCCCGCAAGCCAGCGAGCAAUCAGAGUCACAGGGCAUCGACAAGGAGCGUCCAGGACGAUAUCUCUGCUACCUUCACCCGACCAACUCCGCCCCCCACAGACGCCGAGUCGCACAGCCCGCCUCAGCCUUGGACACCGUCUCUGACGCCUGCAUCGCCCAUGGCGUCCGACCUCGCCCUGCCGCAAAACUACAACACCAGCAUCAACCCCCAGCGCUUCUCAUCUCCCGCAACCUACCAGCCCAGCGGCUCCAACUCGGCGCCCUCACUGUCCGCUCACUUGCAGCCCCCAGGCCCCGGCAUGGGACCCAAGCAAAGACAUACGCUUGAGGUGCCCAAACCACCAUCGGGCAGAACUUCGAGAGAACUCGAUACCGCCCAGGCCAGCGGACGCUUCUCCCCCACAGUCGCCAGCCCUACCGGCCGCGCCGCUUCCUUCAGCCUGGCCCGGCGGACAACGAGAUCCAUGCAGUCCGAUGCCCCCCGGGACGAGAUUGCUCCCGACGAAGAUGCCAUGCGAUGGGCCGAAGUAUAUCGACAGAAGCGGGCCAGCAAGCGGAGACGGAAGGAGGAAGAGGACGAUGACCGUGUCUUGGUUGGCACCAAGGUUGACGAGAGCCAUGCCAACUGGGUGACGGCCUACAACAUGCUAACGGGCAUCCGUGUUUCCGUUUCGAGGACAAACGCAAAGUUGGACCGCGAAUUGACCGAUGCAGACUUUAAUGUUAAGCAAAAGUCUACAUUUGAUAUCACCGGCAACGAACUCGUUCCCUCGGCCAAGUACGACUUCAAAUUCAAAGACUAUGCUCCUUGGGUCUUCCGUCAUCUACGAAACGCCUUCCGUCUAGACCCAGCCGACUAUCUCAUGUCACUGACUGGCAAAUACAUCCUCUCGGAGCUGGGCUCCCCGGGCAAGAGCGGCAGCUUUUUCUACUUUUCUAGAGAUUACAAGUACAUCAUCAAGACCAUUCACCAUGCUGAGCAUAAAUUUCUGCGCAAGAUCCUCAGAGAAUAUUACGAGCACGUCACCAAGAAUCCCAAUACGUUGCUAUCUCAGUUUUACGGCCUCCAUCGAGUCAAGAUGCCCUACGGAAAGAAGAUUCAUUUCGUCGUCAUGAACAAUUUGUUCCCCCCACACCGAGAUGUCCACACAACGUUUGAUCUCAAGGGAUCGACUAUUGGUCGAGAUUAUAGAGAGGAAGACUUGGACAAGAACCCCCGCGCGACCCUCAAGGAUUUGAACUGGCUCCGACGAAAGCAGAACCUCGAACUGGGUAUUCAGAAGAAGAAGCUGUUCCUUGAGCAGCUACAGCGGGAUGUGGCCCUCCUCAAGCGUCUCCAUAUCAUGGACUAUUCCUUGUUGGUCGGCAUCCAUGAUCUUUCCCGUGGAAAUGAAGAAAACCUGCGUGGAAAGACUUUGCAAGUGUUCAACCCUGGCGGCGAGAAAAGCACCGACGACGAUCUCCAGGCUUCCCUUCUGCGAACACCAUCGAAGCUGGAGAAUUACCGCAAGGCAAAGGAACUGCGACAGAUGGUCCAGAAAGAACGCCCAGUGCCCAUGGGCGUGGCCAACGACCAGAUGCCCGAGGAGGUGGGCGAGGAUCGUCGUGGGCUUCUUUUCAACCAAGACGACGGUGGCUUCAGAGCAACCCACGAAGACAAUGAGCCGGCAGAAGAGAUUUACUACCUGGGUGUCAUUGAUUGUCUGACUCACUACGGAAUGAUCAAAAAGAUCGAACAUUUCUGGAAAGGUCUCUCGAAUGACAAGAGCAAAAUAUCCGCUUUGCCACCGGACCAAUACGGAGAUCGCUUCUACCACUUCAUCCAAGGUAUCACCAUGUCCGCUGAGGAGGCGAAACGAGAACGCGCACGCAGAGACCAAGAAAUGCUUGCUCAGGCACAGAAGCAAGAAAGGUCGAGGCAGAGCACGAUUCCCCCGAUGCCGAUGCACCAGCCCCCACCGCCUCCAGUCGGAAUACACUCUAAUGGGCGAACGCCUGAGGCUCAGAUACCCGAGCGAACACUCAAGACUACCGCCAUGCCCGGCGCCCGUGACUCACAACACGAGGCCGUUCUUCCCGUGGUAGAAGAAGCCGGAGAGAGCAGCCGAGACGAUACGGAACGAUGGAUCCAGGGCACCUCUUGGAGCAACAUGGCCGAGCCCAGCCGCGCGCCUCCGCCGACCCCUCCUCCUCACGACCAAACCUAUCUCAAGCCCGAUAGCUCUGAUAGUGGCUACGGCGACAACAGCAACGGCACCGUGAGCAGGGACAACUCCCUCAAGGUGGCCCGACCGACGAGCCGAGGGAGUCUGAACAAGCAUCUACCGCCGCUCCCCAAGAAGGAGAACUCGCAACAACCAGGUGGAAUUAGAAUGGUUCAGUAG